AUGGAAAAAUCAUUCGAUCUCCCACACUCCAGCCCCAGCAGCAUCAUUCAGUCAUAUCAAUGCACAACCAAAGAAGGAAGCGAGCAAAGUAGUCAAAAACUUCAAGAUAUCUACCAAGCACUGAGCAGUCUCAACAUCAUAGUAUCUGGCGCUAAAAUUGAUUGAGAAGAAAUCAGAUUAGAACUCAUCAGAACGCAACAUCAAGACCAGCCUCUAAAUGAGGAUGAAGCUGCAGAAAUUAAAAUCAAGCACUCCGCAAUAAUAGUUUCUCUCGAAUUACAGCCAGACCUUACAAAAAAAUUAGCCUUGUUUGACAGCAAGCUCAAAGAAAUAGAUAUCAAAGUCAAACUCAUUUCAGAGCAAAUGAAACAUUGCAUAGAAGAAGAAUCGAAGAAUGUUGAUGCCCUUGAAAAAGAACUCCUGGUGCAAAAGUUGACAAAAGGAUUGAAAUCACUUAAAAAAGAUGCAUUAAAAUUAACGGCUGAAAAAGAAAAAUUAUUGAGUGAACUAGAAAAUGAAAAAAGCAAACACAUGGAAGCACUAAGCUCAAUGUCACGCUCAACAGAAUUACAAAAUAAAAUGAUAAGCCAAUUUACUCAGUAUAAAAAUACUACGGAAGAAAAAUUUAAAGCAAUGGAAAGAAAUAUGAAAACAAUGGAAAGAAAUAUGAAUGAAGCAGAAGUAAGAAGCAGACAAGAAAGUGAAAAAACAAGAGAAAAACGCAAAAAAGAUAAAAAAGAAAGAAAACAACUUAAAACAGAAAUCAAUAGACUGCGAAAUGAAAUUGAUAGUUAUAAUAAAGAGAUAAGAGACUUGAGAAAUAUAAUAGACAAGCUACAGGUUGAAAAUGCUAAUAUUGAUUUUGAAUUGAGAGAAGCAAGUUUAAAAUCUCUGCAUAGAGAAGUAAUCGAACAUAUUGAGAAUCAGCUUUGUGAUGCUACAAAAAGCUUUUUCAUUAGGAAGCCACAAGGGUUUUGGGAGAUUGAUCUCUUCAUUGAAGAUAGAAAUGUAAAUAAGGAAGAUGUAAACUCUUUUAUGGACUCAUUUCUAGAUAGAAAUUAUAGUUUUACGUUAGGUGAUCUACCACAAUUAAGGAAAUACAGGAAGAGCCUGCACCAUUUUAUUCAUUACAAGCUUGCGAAUAUGAAAGGAAUUGAUGAAUUUGUUGCAGCACUAGAUCCAAACAACGAAUCCUCUGCUUGACAUGGAUUUCUUCAGAAAGCAAUUCAAAAUAAAAGGAAUUCUUCAGGUAAUUAA